UAUACAUUACCAAAAUGGCCACAUUAGGAGAAUCAGCUUACAAACUAGCUAAGGAGGCAAAACGUACAGCAGACUUAUUUAUCUCGCCUUACAAUGAUGAUCUUGUUCAGAGUAUCUGCCGUGAAAUACGUUUACUCAACAACAAGGCAAUCGAAACAGUCAAUGCCAUCAAGGAAGGCAAUUCAAGUGAUGCACUACAGAAUCCAAGUACCAUGACACAAGUCAUGCUAUACCACUUGGCAGUCAAAAGAAACAAACGCGUCUUGUUUGCCUAUCAUCGACAGAGAAUCAAUAAGCUUAAAGACAUCUUAUGGAAUGUGGGACUACAGUCAAAAUAUCGACGUGAAAUCAUGACCAGUUUAGGGCCCACUGAAAAAAAGUUUUUAGAUGAAUAUGGAGAUAUGGUAAAUGGAUAUAAACAAGGCUUUACUGAGAUUGAUCUCGGAGGCAUGAAUGGUCCUGGACUGGAUCCACCUGUUGAUCUGUUUAUCGAAGUACGCGUUUUACGUGAUGCUGGUGAAAUCAAUACAGAAUAUGGCACUCUAAACCUGUCAAAAGGAAAUCAAUUCUAUGUGCGUCGAACUGAUGUUGAGUCUUUGAUCAAAGCUGGCUACUUGAUUCAUGUAUAGCAAUAAAUUUUUUCGUCUUUCUCUCUAUAGGGUUUA